ACCACACGCAAGAUGGCGACCUCCAUGCUGAGCCGAGUGUGUGUGACCCUUAGGGUCCCGGGGAUCCAGUGUGUGGCCCCUAGGAGGGGCCCUGGCUACAGCACUGGGUUGUCCGUCCCUUCAUCGGCAGCAGCAGCAGCUCCAGCAGCCCGGGGGAACCGUUCAUUGCAGCGGGGCACAUUUAAAAGAGAGCCCCCGGUUCCCAGAACAGAGAAGAUGCUUCCGGAUCAGGACUGGAGCAGUGUCUAUCCAUCAGCGGCAUCCUUUAAGCCAUCCGCGGUGCCCCUUCCCAUUCGCAUGGGGUACCCGGUGAAGAGCGGAGCCCCUCCAGAUAAGAUGGGGAACCUGGAACUUCUAAAGAUCCCCAAUUUUUUGCACCUGACUCCUGUUGCGAUAAAGAAGCACUGUGCAGCCCUGAAAGAGUUCUGCACUCCGUGGCCAUCUGAUCUCUCGAGCGACGAGCUUUGCGCACAGCAUUUCCCCAUUGAGAUUCAGGCUUCGGAUUACGUCUCAGCCGGCCCUUCUGUUCGAAACCCAAAAGGCCGCGUGGUGACCUUACGGGUGAAACUCUCCAGCCUAAACUUGGAUGAUCACGCUAGGAAAAAGAUCAUUAAACUCGUGGGAUCUCGAUAUGACCCGGCCACUGAUACCCUCGCCAUCCAGGCAGACAGAUGUCCACUCAGGAGACAGAAUCAAGAUUACAGUAUGUACCUGCUAACUGUCCUGUACCAUGAAUCCUGGAAAACAGAGGCCUGGGAAAGCGAGAAGGCCGAGAGCGACAUGGAAGAGUACGUGUGGGAGGGAAGCAAGUCCGAGAACAGCCUGUUGCAGACCCUGCUCAAGUUAAGAAGUGGCUCGUCCACCAAAGAGGAAAUCUUACGGUCUCCAGACGUUCAGGAGUACCGCGCUGCCGUGCUGAACAUGCGCAACCAGGGGGAAAAAGAAGAUAAUAUCAGCCAAUACAAGGAAAGCGUCAAGAAGUUGUUGGGAGUGGCGUAAAACGGUUUUAUUGACUUUACAGCGACGGCUCGGAUUAUACGCAGAUCUUGUUAUGAACAUCAUUGACGUAGCUGCUGUGGCUGGACCACCGACAAACCCAAGUUUGGUUAACCAGACAUGCUUUAAAAUAGGAAACCUUAACUGGUCCUUGAUGUUAACAUAAUAGAGAGUCAGCGAGUGGGCGACUCCAUGGCCCGGACCUCGAGCACGGCUUCCAGAGACGGAUAACGUUGCUGCGCAGACGGGCCUAAAGUGGCUUGUCCUUACCCAGCGGCAUUUUGUGAAGAGCUGCAACUGUUCUAGAUGGAUCUGGACGUAUUAACCGUAUUAUGACGAUUGUGGUCGCGGUGUAAGAGUCGUACUCCUCCUCCUCUGUCUUUUCUUUCUACUUUAGCCCGUUUCCCAAUAAAUUUCAAAAUUA